AUACGCAAGCUUUAAGCUUCUACAGUUGUUUCAAUAGAGUGCCAUAACUGAAGGAUGGACUCCGGUGUAGCCCAAAAGCCCCAUAUAGUCCUAGUGCCGUUUCCAGCACAAGGCCAUAUCAACCCCUUCAUGCAACUAGCCAAGCUUCUACAUGCAGCAGGUUUCCACAUAACCUUCGUUAACACAGAGUUCAACCACAGACGUCUUCUUAGAUCCAAAGGACCAGAGGCUAUGAAGGGCUUACCUGAUUUUCGCUUUGAAACAAUACCUGAAGGAUUGCCUCCAUCUGAUCGUGAUGCUACUCAAGAUCCUCCAGCUUUGUGUGAUGCGGUUCGAAAUAAUUGCUUGGCUCCAUUCUUGGAGCUGCUUUCUAAGCUCCAUUCAUCAUCUGAAGUUAGUUGCAUAAUUUCAGAUGGUGUCGCGAGCUUUGCUGUUAAAGCAGCACAAGAAUUAGGCAUACCUGAGGUUCAGUUCUGGACUGCCUCAGCCUGUGGUCUCAUGGGAUAUUUGCAAUUCGAUGAAUUCAACAGGAGAGGCAUUAUCCCUUUUAAAGAUGAAAGCUUUCUUACGGAUGGCACACUCGAUACUCCAAUAGAUUGGAUCCCAGGCAUGAGUAACGUCCGCAUUAAGGAUAUGCCAAGCUUUGUUAGAACCACAGAUGUUGGAGAAAUCCUGUAUGACUUUCUAAAAUCUGAAGCUGAAAACUGCUUAAAUGCUUCUGCAAUUAUCUUCAAUACAUUUGAUGAGUUUGAACAUGAAGUAUUAGGUGCUAUUGCAGCCAAGUGUCCUCAUAUUUACUCAAUAGGUCCACUCUCCUUGCUCCGAAGGCACAUGCCAGUGACUGAACUCCAUUCAUUCAAGUCAAAUUUAUGGAAAGAAGACGCAAAUUGUCUCGAAUGGCUCGAUCAAAGAGAACCCAAUUCAGUUGUGUAUGUCAACUAUGGCAGUGUGACUGUGAUGACAGACCACCACAUGAAGGAAUUUGCAUGGGGGCUAGCAAAUAGCAAAUACUCAUUUUUGUGGAUUGUUAGGCCUGAUGUGGUGAUGGGAGAUUCUGCAAUCCUGCCUGAGGAGUUCCUUGAAGAGAUUAAAGAUAGAGGAUAUAUAGCGAGUUGGUGUCCACAGGAUCAAGUGCUUUCACAUCCAUCUGUUGGUGUUUUCCUAACACAUUGUGGGUGGAAUUCUUUGAUGGAAAGUAUAUGUGCAGGAGUGCCUGUAAUAUGUUGGCCAUUUUUUGCAGAGCAACAAACAAAUUGUAGGUAUGCAUGCACCAGUUGGGGAAUUGGAAUGGAGGUCAAUGCUGAUGUGAAGCGUGAUGAAAUUGUAUGUCUGCUUAAGGAAAUGAUGGAUGGAGAUAAUGGGAAGCAAAUGAGACAAAAGGCUUUGAAAUGGAAAAGGAAAGCAGAGGAAGCUACUGAUGUAGGUGGAUCAUCAUACAAUGAUUUUAGUAGAUUCAUUAAGGAGCUUAUUCUGCAUCAUGAGAUGACCACUAGUGAGGCAAAAUAAAAUAAACCCAUGCUUUGUUUUUAAAUAAAUUGAACCACAUUUUGCAAGUUGACUACUCUUAUAGAUCAAUUUUUAGACGUUGUAUUAGCAUGUAAAUGAAUUAAUUUAGCAUAUAUAUCCCCCUUUCAGAAA